UCCCCAGUUACCUCUCGGCUCGAGCUGCCCCGGGCCCGUUCCUCACCCCACUGGCGCGCGUCGAGAUCUCCGUUCGGUCUUCGGUGAGCGAGCCCGGACGCCGGGUCCCUGCUAUUUAGGACGAGGUUGUCGCCUCUGAAGUGGGAAAAUGUGCUGCGAGAAGUGGAGCCGCGUGGCGGAAAUGUUUCUCUUCAUUGAGGACCUGGGGGAGGAUUGUAAGAUCCUUUGCCUCUGCUCUAGGGCGUUCGUGGAAGAUCGAAAACUAUGCAAUUUGGGCUUAAAAGGCUAUUAUGUCAAAGGAAACAACAUCACAGGAGACCAAGCUACAGAUGAGGAGGAUGACAGUCCUUCCACUAACACUGUAGAAUCAUAUAACAGCAAGGACCUCAAUCAAGAUGAAAAUGAACUUGAUUCUGAGGCUGAACUCAUGAGAAGUAUGGGACUGCCCCUUCAGUUUGGUGGAACAUCUGCCCAUAAGAAUUUUGAGGUGUCUAUGAAUACUAGAAAUAAAGUUAAAAAUAAAAAGAAAAAGAAAAAACAUCAGAAAAAGUACUUGGAUGAAAUUAUAAGGGAAUCUUGGAGGCAGGACUAUGAAGAUGAUGAUGUUUUGGCUUCAGAUGAUCCAUCUUCAUAUAAGCAAUGUGAGAACAACAGCAAACACAAACUUCAAACUAAAAAAGAUAAUGAAAUUGAAAAGCUUCCUGUUGAAACUGCAUUAUCUCCAAAACUAGAGAUUACAGAGAAAUGGGAAAAGUAUUGGAAUGAAUAUGGUGGAGGACUAUUGUGGCAAAGCUGGCAAGAAAAACAUUCAGAUCAAACACAGUGCUCGGAACCAUGGAACAUACCUGAAACAAAGGAAGAGUGGGAGCAACAUUACAGUCAACUGUACUGGUAUUAUUUGGAGCAAUUUCAUUAUUGGGAAGCUCAGGGAUGGACAUUUGAUGCCUCACAGAGUUGUGACACAGAUUCUCUUGGGUCUAAGGCAGAAGCUGACAAUGAGAAAGAUGAAAGUUGCAUGAAAGCAGACUUAAAUUCUUUUCCAUCUGUUACAGUUGAUAGCGAAAGCUCUAAUUCAAGUGACAAAGAUCACAGUGAAAUACUUGGUAGGAUGAAUAAUAUAAAUCUAAAUUCAGAGGAAGUAGAACAGAGCCAAUUGGAUUCCUCUGUAAGUUGUGAUGGACAUCAGUGUUUAUGUGAAGUUAACAGCAGAAGAGAAUGCCCUGCUUCUGGCCAAAGUGAGCCAUGUAAUGGAGGAACCAAGGAAAACAGCUUGUCCAGGAAUAAAAGCACAAACCAAUCUUCUCAAGAUUUGCAGGAAACUUCAAAAGCAAAUACAAUCAAAGAAAAAACACACUCCAGCAGUGUUGAUGGAGAUGAGAGUGAAGAAGAUCCACCUGAACAUAAGCCCAGUAAACUCAAAAGAAGCCAUGAACUGGACAUCGAUGAAAACCCAGAUUCAGACUUGGAGAAUGAUGGUUCCCUUCUAGGAUUCAAGCAUGGCUCAGGACAAAAAUAUGGUGAGAUUUCAAAUUUCAGUCAUCGGAGGGUCAGGUAUCUACAGAAGAACAUAAAGUAUAAAUCAAAGUUCCUAGAUAUGCGAAGACAGAUAAAUAUGAAAAAUAAACACAUCUUUUUCACUGAAGAGGCAGAAAAACCACUUUUGAAGAAAAGCAAAGCUUUGAGUAAGGUUGAAAAAUUUCUAAAAUGGGUCAAUGAGGAAACAUCGCCAGAGUCACCUUCUCACAAUAAUGUGCUAGACACUUGUACAAGCAGUGAUUCAGAGGACCAAGAAAUUUCUGUUAAAAAGGGUGAUGACCUGCUCGAGAUUAGCAGUCCACAACCUGAAAAGUGUCAUGCCGUAUCUUCAUCUGGUGAACCUGGAACAGGAAAAAAUGAAAAGGAUAGCUCAGUAGCAGCUCUUCUACAUAAACAGGAUUGUGUUACUCAAGAUGUACCAGACUCUCUUCAGGGAGAAACUGAAGCUGAAAGUAAAAAGAAAAAUAAGAAGAAAAGCAAGAACAAAAAGGUAAAUGGUCUGCCUCCUGAGAUAGCUGCUGUUCCUGAACUCGCAAAAUACUGGGCCCAGAGAUACAGGCUUUUCUCCCGAUUUGAUGAUGGGAUUAAGUUGGAUAGAGAGGGCUGGUUUUCAGUUACACCUGAGAAGAUUGCUGAGCACAUUGCUGGCCGGGUCAGUCAGACCUUCAAAUGUGACAUUGUAGUGGAUGCAUUUUGUGGAGUUGGAGGGAAUACCAUUCAAUUUGCCUUGACAGGAAAGAGAGUGAUUGCCAUCGAUAUUGAUCCAGUUAAGAUUGAUCUUGCUCGCAAUAAUGCAGAAGUUUAUGGGAUAGCAGACAAGAUAGAGUUCAUCUGUGGAGACUUCUUGUUGCUGGCUUCUCAUUUAAAGGCCGAUGUUGUAUUUCUCAGCCCUCCAUGGGGUGGGCCAGAUUAUGCUACUGCAGACACCUUUGAUAUUAGAACAAUGAUGUCUCCGGAUGGCUUUGAAAUUUUCAGACUUUCCAAGAAGAUCACUAAUAAUAUUGUUUAUUUUCUGCCAAGAAACGCUGAUGUUGAUCAGGUGGCAUCCUUAGCUGGACCUGGAGGACAAGUGGAAAUAGAACAAAACUUUCUUAAUAAUAAGUUAAAGACAAUCACUGCUUAUUUUGGUGACCUAAUUAGAAGAUCAGCCACUGAAACAUAACUGUGAGAUUGUAGCAAUAAAUAUCAAUGAAGUUUUUGAGAUCUUUGUCUAUAGUAACAGUGUAUAUUUUAUAUAGUAAUUUUUGACAUGGAGAAAGUAGAUGUUCCACCAUGCUAAAUGUCAGUUGGGUAUGUAUAAUGCAUGCGAUUGUGUUGUAAUUUCUUUUUUUUUUUUAGUUUCUAUGUUUUGCUUUCAUUGUAUUUGUAUGUAAAAAAAAAAGUUAUCAUGCUUUUUUUAAUAUAAAUACCAAGUAAACAAAGACUUGAGUUAGUCUGUUUAUUUAAGGCUAAGUGCAUAAACAUACAAUGGUAAAAACAGAAUAGUAAGUCUUUACCCCCUCCCCCUAUCUUUUAUUCAUCUAACAAUAAAUACAGCUUUGGAGGACAGAAAGCAAUUGCACUAUAGCCUGAUAAUAGUUUUUCUCCCUGGUUGAUGCAUUGUUCAAUACACCUUCCUUUUUUAACUUAUUGUAUCCUUUUUUUAAAGCAUGUACUUUUUUACUCAGACCUUUUAUGUCAGCAUACACAGACCUACUUUGUUUUGCUUACAGUCCCAUUUUAUUCCACCUGAGUAUGCCAAAAUUUAAUCAGUUCCCCACUGACUUUUUGGACUGAGGUUUUUGUUUUUUUUUUUGGCACUUUUCAGUUAUUCUGUGCUGUGUGACUAGUAUUAGUAUGAAUAUUUCUCUUCAUCCUAACCCCCCAAGUUCUGGAUAUCUCAAGCAUUUUAAUUUUUAGUAUCUCACAUCAGAAAAAGUUACCUAUUUGCAUGUUUUCUUAGUUUUGAAUGUGACUUAAGCGUAUUUGCAUGUGUUUGAUCUUUUCUAAAUAAUGUUUCUCCUUUAAACUUUUUUUAUUUUUCAUUUGGAUUGUCUUUUUCUUAUUAA